CAUGGAGGAGGAGGAGGGAAGCAGGGACCUCAGCGGAAGCCCCCUGGGGGAGCCACGGAGCUGUGAACACAUUCUACUGCCCAGGCAGGAGGAAAGGCAGGGGGAUGACCUGCAGCGGCAGCACGAGGGGAAGGAGGAGGAGCAUCUGGCCAAAGAGCACACGUACCAGGCCUACAUGAAGAUCCAGGACAUCAGCCCGGUCCUGAGCAACAGGGUCAACCUCAAGGACCUGCAGGAGAGCAUCGACAUCCUCAUAGGUAACCUGGAGCGGGAGCUCAACAAGAACAAGCUCAACGUCGGCUAUUGACUGACCGGCCUUCUCAGGAGGGACUCCCUGACUGACCAGAUGACGGUCUGAGACAAGGGUAUAGGUGACAAUGAGGGCUCAGAGGGUUUUGGGCGAUGGGUGAUGGUACGAGGCCAUGGGUAGCACCCUCAUAAUAAUCAGCUCAGCUGAACUGUUGGUACUUGCUCUCCCCAAGGAACUGUACAAAAACCUACAAGAGUACGAACUGUGAGGUCUGGCACUUCCCUCUUUAAGCCUGUUGUAUUUUAGCGCUAGAUUCACAAGUCAACAGACAUUCCUUGAUUUUUUUGUGUGUUUGUGUUCAUUUCCAUUUGUCAUUGUUGAAAGUUUUUGCUUGUGUUGUUCAUGGUCGUAUCUGUCAACGUUUGUCUAUUGUCGUCGUUCUUUCUUCUUAUUAGAAGAACCUAUUGACCCCAAGGGGUGUAAAAGGUGCCUUAAUUGUGUAAAGGUGGUACUUAAGGCAGUGGAGAGAGCUUUUAUUUUUGAUUUGUUAAUUUUUUGUUUGUUUGUUUUUUUGUUUUCUGUGGAGGUACUGUGUGCUACAAUAUUGUUGUAAACCAAUGCACUUACAAGGCAGAUUUGAUUCUUAAGGCGAAGAGGUAGUGGUGCUGGGUCUUGCCACCUACCCUGAAGUGAAACAGCGCUAACACUAUAGCUAAUGCUAAAGCUGCUGGGCUCUGUGUGUGGAGAUUGAAGCCAAUAGCUGUGAUGGCUCAUUGGGACUUAGCAUCACAUGCUAACAGCUGCUAACAGCAGACAGAGGCACCCUUUCAGAUGUGUAAACAGUACAGUAUGUUAGCAAUAAGGGUGCUGCUUCUGUACAUAGAACAACACGUGGUACAUUUCAAAUUGAGGGGGAAUUAGAGCAUCAUGUCUGAGAAAAUAACGGGAGCGAAUCUGACUGAAUGCUUUGAGAGAUCUUUCAUGUCUAUUUUUCUAUCCUCCAUUCUGUUUUGGAUUUUUUUUUUUUAAACAAAAAAGAAAAUUGCAGACAAAUUGCCUCUUACUGUGAGACAAGAACCUCUCAGUAAGAGGUACGAUGCCUGCUAAAUCUGAUGGUGAGCCUCCAAGAAAGGGUCACUGUGGUCAGGCCUUCAAAUAGAAUGUAAGGCCACUACCUAAAUUAAUGGACACUUUUUUUUUUCCUUUGUCAGAAAUCCAGGUAAACAAAAUGAUCAGUAUUUAACAGAUAUAUGUGUAUAUAAAUAUAUAUAAAAAUGUAUUUGGAGUAUAUAUUUUUUGGACAGCUUAUAUUUACAUACAUGCAUAUUUAAAUGUUCUCAGUUACCUUGUAGUAUUGAAUCUGUGGAUCAGUACCUGUCGAGUAAUCAUGUUUCUUUUCCCUUAAGCUACCUUGACACAUCUUAAAUGUGCUGGACUGGAAAAAAACUAAUUCACGUCGUUAAAGGACAAUAGAGAUAAUAUGUGUCGACAGAUGGACAAAUUUGUUAAAGUCAUACUUGUACAUAUCCGCUACCUGUUUAGGACAGGCCUGUUUGGUCUGGCAUUGUGUUCAUGUUUGUGUUUGUGUUAUGGUGCAGAAUGUCACAUGGUCAAAAGCUUUACAGUUAAUUAUAUAAGUGCGUCUUACACCCCUCCCAAACCAACAACCAACACACACACGCUCUGCCUACCCCCUUCCCUUCCUCCUACCCUUAGGUAGUGGUUGACGCUGGCCCAGAUCUCUACCAGACCCAGGCAGGAGUCGCUCCAGUUGGUUGCUGGCUUGGGGUCCUGUACAUAGACAUGACCUGGGUCAAGGGUCAACUUAUAUGUCGUUCCCCUCCAUUCGGCUGCUGCUCUUGGGCAGAGAAAAUAAUUUAAAAAAAAGUCCACCUUAUCCUCAAGUGCAGUGUAAAAAGCUAUCUGUAUCCUUGGCAUAUUGGCUGUCGCUCUAAGCCAUUGUAAAGUUUUGCUUAAUGCUGUGACUUUUGCAGGCACAUCUCAGAGGUUUUAAGCUAGCUAAUGCAGUACAUCAGCUCUUGGACCCCUGCGGGUCUGUCUGUGUCCAGGGCUAUAAAGUGUACAUUGUGAGAUGCUACUGCCUUUGUGUUUUUUUUAAAAGCAUUCCUUUGGCCUGUCUUCUUUCUCUUCAGCCACCCCCUACAACCCCCCAUCCAUAUCCUACAAGCAUACUGUACAGUAAUGCUCAUCCCUGUCGCUUGCCUACUACAUUGGGAGUCUCAAUACAUUAUGAUGAGCGUGUCACUAAACAAGAUGUUACUUUGUACUGUUAUGGAGAAAUGUAUGAUCACAUUAAAGUAUAUAUUUCACAUGU